GGCUAACCUCCGCGGCUCUACAGAUGGAGAAAGCCAUAGAUAUACAUAAUAAAGGCUAGAUGUCUUACGGCGGAGUCUCUAAUGUCAUCACCGGGGGCCAUCUUGUCACAGGCAAGCUUUCUGGCGGGCUCUGUGGUACCUGAUGUAAGACGGUUGUUGUCCAGCAGAUGGCGGUGUGACGAUAUUCAGCUGUUAGCUCAUUGUCAUUCAUCAGCAGCAGCAGAAGAAACAACCGGGAAACUGCUUUGAUAGGAAUUAAACAUCACUGACAGGGAUCGAUCGUUAUGUCUCAGAGGAAGAAAGCGGUUUCAGCUUCUCAGAAUAAAACUCAGAGACGCUCUCAGUUAUUGCUAAAUGAGGGUGAUGAGGAUGCAACCUUCAGCCAGAUAACAUCAUCACAGGUCCAGAGAGCUCGAGAGAACUUCACAUCUGAUCAGAUAGACCGCAAGGUGGCAGAGGUGGUCCAGUUCAUCUUGAUUAAAGACCAAAAAAAAUUACCCAUUCGAAGAGCAGAUAUUGGCAAACAUGUGAUCAAGGAUUACAAACACAUCUAUACAGAUAUAAUCAACAGAGUUUGCCGUACAUUUGAGCAGGUGUUUGGAUUAAAGCUGGUGGAGACUGAUCCCAAAAAUCACAUUUAUAUCCUGAUCAAUAAGCUGGAGCCCAUUCAUGGAGAGCCUGUGAGCAUGCGUCCUGAAAACCCAAAGAAGGGUCUGCUAUUUGUCAUUCUCAGUGUCAUCUUCAUGAAGGGUGGUGUCAUCAAAGAGAAUCUGGUGUGGAAUACACUCAAGAAGCUGCGGGUGGAUCCAGGGGAGAAGCAUGACGAGUUUGGUGAUGUAAAGAAGGUGGUCACAGAUGAGUUUGUACGGCAGAAAUAUUUGGAGUAUGUGAAGAUUCCUCACACAGAGCCGGUGGAAUAUGAAUUCCGCUGGGGUCUGCGGGCGGAGAAGGAGGUGUCCAAACUCAAGAUACUGGAGUUUGUUGGAGAGCUUUUUGAGCAGGAUCCUCAGAGCUGGACACAGCAGUUCAGAGAGGCCAGUACCAGCAGCCAGAGGACAACGUAACCUGCGUUUCCAUCAAGUUUAGAGCUUUUCAUUUAUUACUGAACCAUUUUUUUUUUUUUUAAUAGUUUUGUCUAAACACAAAAGUUAUAAGCACUCAACUAUAUUAAUUGUAAUAUUUCUUUGUAUUUUGUAAACAAAAUAAAGUUAUUUUACAGUUCUCUCA